CGGAUUGGACAACACUGGGUUACUUAUGAUGGAGGACCCCCCUAGGGACACCGUUCUGUAAUUUUGCAGCAUGUCAGGUAGAAACAUUGACAAGUACAGCCAAAGUCCACUCGUGCUACCGUGCCAGUACAAACAAAACAUUUAAAACCAUGAAAAAAAGUUUUCUAAAACCUGUGGGAUUUCUAGAAAGCAGCAUUUAUGUUUAAGAAGAAAUAGAAUAAAAAACAUUUGGCUGGUUAAACUUUAAGAAUGUAUAAUAAAUGAUUGGCUUAGUCCUAAUCUAACAGUUGAAACAGUUCUCCUUAACGUGCACGUCUCUCUGGGUCUUUCCCAGGGAAUCGAGCUAAUCUACGCUGGGUUUUUAGGAGCGUGAGGCUGAAUCGGCGUCUUCUUAGCUGAAGGACAUCACAUUUUCCAGGAACGAAGAUCUGCCUUGACUGACGACUCUGUAGUGAAAAACAUUAGUUUGUUUGCACAAUAAAAGCUUUUUAAUCUUUGAUCUCCAACCUUCCUUUUAUUUAAUUGAUUAACAAUACUGGCAGAACACAAAGUCCCAAGGCAAUGAUGCACAAAUAUAAAUAUGAAAAAGUUGAUCAACCUUAGAAAUCGCUGUGUUUUGUCUACUGGCUUUUUUUACAUUCACUCUUAUUUUUAUUCUAGUAUUUUUAUUUCUAUCUAGUAGUAUUUAUUUAACCUAUAGAAGCUCUGUAGUUUGUGUACUUGUGAGGUCACAAGGAGUACGUUUUGUUUUAUAGGUCAGAGUUGAUGUCAUCGUCGUACUUCUGUUUGAAUCAUUAAGUGUAAAUUAUUUUGCUAUUACAUUUUUUUAUUGGCUCAGAUUUUUUUAGUAAUGCAACAAAAGCCAUGUUUGGGUUCACACUGAGUGAGUUCUCAGAAUAGCAGCUUGUCAUUCAUUCUGUUUGCCAUAUCGAUCGUGGAGGCUGAGGCCAAAGUUCACUAGUGUGCCGAAGGCGUUACCAAUCUCAGGCAAAGGUAAAAUCCAUGGGCUCUGUGGAGAGAAGGGAGAGUUCCAGGGAAGGAAAGGGAACAAUCACGGUUGGGUCCCUGAAUCGCUGUUUUACCACCAACUUAAUGAAAAGAUAUCUUGGUUUUAAAAAGGAUGGCAGGUGACUAAGUGGCCUCAGUCACCGCAGCCAAAGAAUUUAGACUCAAAUUACAGACGUGGACGUUCCAUCAGCUGUGAAGCAGAUUUCUCUUGACUUGAAUCCAUCGGUGUCGUUCUUUUCCCGUCGCUCCGUCUGCUAGGCAUACCUUUGGGAAGCCGCCUUGAUCUCUAAGAAGAGGUGCAUGUUUUUUCCCCACCAGUGACCUCCCAGAGGAGCUGUCCCUGACAACUCUCCCUUCAGAAGAAGUCUGUGGGAGCAUCACCAAAGGAAACAUGUGCUAGAAGCUGAAAAUCUGGUUUUGAACAGCUGCGUAGAGUGGACGAUAGAAGAUGAGCAAUGAGGACGAGUUUUACGACGCCGUCACAGGCCUGGAUUCAGAUGAGUCAUACGAAGGCUUGUCGGAGGCCAGUUUCAAAGAUGCAAAGGGUUUUGAUUGCAGCACUCAGAAAAACAAUGGAUCCGUACGACAUGAGAACGGUAUUAAGAAGCACAGGUCCUCUUUACCGGCGCCCAUGUUUUCUAGAAACACUGUCAGUGUCUGGAGCAUCCUGAAAAAAUGUAUCGGACUGGAAUUGUCCAAGAUCACAAUGCCCAUCGUCUUCAAUGAACCCCUGAGCUUUCUGCAGAGGAUCUCAGAAUACAUGGAACACACUUACCUCAUCAACAGAGCCUGCUCGCUGUCCAACUCCCUACAGCGCAUGCAGGCAGUCGCUGCUUUUGCUGUGUCAGCAGUUGCAUCUCAGUGGGACAGGACUGGAAAACCCUUCAACCCACUGCUAGGAGAGACCUAUGAACUCGUCAGAGAGGACCAGGGUUUCCGUCUGAUAUCCGAGCAGGUAUCCCAUCAUCCUCCAGUCAGUGCCUUCCAUGCAGAGAGCCUUUCCGGGGACUUCAUCUUCCAUGGCUCCAUCUACCCAAAACUCAAGUUCUGGGGCAAAAGUGUUGAAGCUGAGCCCAAAGGAACAAUCACUCUAGAGCUACUCAAACACAAUGAGGCGUACACGUGGAGCAACCCUUACUGCUGUGUACAUAACAUCAUCCUGGGCAAACUGUGGAUUGAACAGUACGGCACGGUGGAAAUAGUCAACCACAGAACAGGAGAAAAGUGCGUGUUGAAUUUCAAGCCUUGCGGGAUGUUUGGAAAAGAGUUGCACAAAGUGGAGGGAUACAUCCAAAACAGGAACAAAAAGAAACUCCGUGCUAUUUACGGGAAGUGGACCGAGUGCAUGUGGAGCGUCGACCCUCAGGCUUACGAGGACCACAAGAAGUCUGAGAAGAAAGGCGACAAUAAGACCAAAAAGAAUGGAGAACCGGAGAAAACGGAGAAUGAUGAAGCAGACGAUAUGCCUGAAGUCCUCGAGACGGUGUCUGUGGUACCAGGAAGCACUUUGUUGUGGAGGAUAGAGUCCCGACCCGCACACUCUGCUAUGAUGUAUAACUUUACAAACUUUGCGGUGUCUCUAAAUGAGCUGGAGCCUGGCAUGGAGUCCAUCUUGGCACCCACAGACUGUCGCUUCAGGCCUGACAUCAGAGCCAUGGAGAACGGAAACAUAGAUGAGGCGAGUAGGCAGAAAGAGAGACUGGAGGAGAAACAGAGAGCUGCCAGGAAGGAGAGAGCCAAGCGGGACGAGGAGUGGAGGACAAGGUGGUUCCAGAAGGGCACAAACCCAUACACCAACUCCGAGGAGUGGAUCUACACCGGCGGCUACUUCGACAGGAACUACCAGAACCUGCCCGACAUCUACUGAGAACCCCAAAUGCCUCCAGUCAGUCACCAUGCAGAGAGAAAUUCAUACAGCAGCCAUUUUCUCCCAUCUCCCAUCUCGUCGUUGUCUGGAACACUCCUGCGACUUAUUGGGAAGAGUCAAAAAGAAACCAAAGUGUCUCUUCGGUCUUAAUGUUGACAUCUUGUGUAUUUCUUUCCCCAACAGCUGACUGUUCUCUCUGCCCCAGCACUACACAGAGCACAAUAUGGUUCCAGACCGACCCUCCAGGCUCCUACAUUAGAAUAUCCAACAACUUUGAAAUCAAACUUUUUGUUUUCCUCGGAUCUGGCAAACCUCCAGAUGGUUGCUUGUGACUCAUGAAUGAAUAAAUGUGAGUGAGAACAAUCUUAACGAAAACAAAAUGCACCGCAUGAUGGAGGAUGUGUGGAUCUGAAACUCCGUCAUCAAGGAAAUCAGGGAUGUGAACUUUCCUUUGACUGAAGGCGGAUCUUGUGGAAACAUUUUUUUCCUUCUCUUUGGAAACAUUAAGGGACUUGAAACACUUAAAAAAAUCUACAAAUGUAAAGAUUUUAGUCUGGAAGGAACAAAUGUACACUGUAACGUCAGCGUUAAAUAACCCUAAAACAGCAUAACACUCGGUUUAUUAGAAGCAGCACAACUCACAGAGCUCUAAUGUGUCUUAAAAUAAUAAUAAUAGAAAAAAACAUUAGUUUAACUAAAAAUGUUGCUUGUAAAAUAGUUCUGACUCACGACUCCAGCUUGGGUUAUUCUGAUUACAAGAUCUGAGAACAAAUGUUAAUCUGGUUAAAAAAAAAACUUAAAACUUGAUGUUUCCUCAGACAAAUCACUUAAAUUCAUUUCUUUAAGCUAAUUUCUUGACUAAAUGUCAUUUCUUAAGUUGAAACUGUUGCCAGGAUGUCAUUUUAGUUCAGAUUGGAACAAGUUGUAUUAAAUUAAUCUUUGUUAAAAGUCCAAAAAAGGGAAGAAAUUCCAUCCAGUCUAUCAUGUAGAUGUAUUUAAGGUUAUAUUAAUCACAGUUGUGACAAUUAAGGGGUUAUUUCCCUAAAAUAUUCGAGGUAUAUAAAGCAUUAUUGCAUGAUUGGGGGGGGGGGGGGGGGGUAUUUUCAUGUGGUUGUAAUUCGAUGUAACAUGAAUGUUGAAUUAAAUGAGUGAACUCGGUCAUAGAGUUCAGUUCUAGAGGUUAAAAUGAGUUGUUUUAACAAAAAAAAACAACUUUCAGGAAAGAAAAAUCACAAAUAAAACAUCUGAGAUGUAAAAUAUAAAAAAUAAUCCUCAAUGAUUGUAGAAGUGUUCUACUUUAGUCUGUCUCCAGCUUCUGUACAUAUCUUUCUCUUUGUGCCUUGGGUGGAGUCGUCUCAUCCGUGUCUUGGAUUACAACACCCAGAAUGUCUGCUGAAAUAACGGGACAUGCGUGGUUUCUAUGUUGCAGGUUGAUGUUCAGAAACCAGUAAAAGGUGGGCGACGGUGGCACAGGCGUUAAGUGCUCGCCCCAUAAUCGGAAGGUUGUAGGUUCGAGACCCUCUCAGUCUGUCGCUGUGUCCUUGGGCAAGACACUUAACCCACGUUGCCUGUUGGUGGUGGUCGGAGGGACCGGUGGCGCCAGUGCUCGGCAGCCUCGCCUCUGUCAGUGCACCCCAGGGCAGCUGUGGCUACAUCGUAACUCAUCACCACCAGUGUGUGAAUGGGUGAAUGACUGUGUUGUAAAGCGCCUUGGGGGGUUCCAUUUACCAUUUUUACCAUUUUAAAAGAAAAUUGUUAUUUUUGCUGAAAUUAAACAAAACAAAUCAUUAGAAUAAAAGUUAAAAAUAAAUAAAUAAAGCAAUCUAAGAAUGCUUUUUAAUUGGUUUUCCCCGUUAUAAGGAGUUUAGUUAUGGAAAGGCGACAACCGUUUUAAUUUGGUGCAAAUAUGGAAAAAAACUCCUUAUUUGUAAAAAUUAUGAUUAAAUAAAUACAAAACAUCUGCAACAUACAUAAAAAUGUACACAAAUUGUAAUUUAAAAAGAAAACUCAUUUCCAGGAAUCCUGUUUCCAUUCUUGCAUUGUGGGUGUGAGUUUGCAGCUCCAACUCUAUGCAAGUUUUUCCCAAAUAUGCAUGUUUCAUACUUCUACAUUCCCAUCACACACACAGCCAACUAAUCUCGUUCAUCUAAAUGCUGAUUCCGUAGGUGACUUCAGUCAACAGAAAAAGUUUGUAGUGCACUGAUCCCUUUGUCACAACUCUUUCUGGUUUAAAAAUAGUGUCUGGACUAGUUUUUGGAAUACAUAAGAGUAUUAUUUAUAAACUGAGUUUUCCCCAAUUUUUUCAUUUUUAUAUUUUGUAUUUCAAUUUUGCCAAAUCUGAGCAGAGGAUCUGAUCAGGACUAAAUGCCAACACUGUUCCGGUAGCUAUUGAUGUUUGUUUGACUGAUUGGCUCUUUUCUGUUUCCAAAGAUGUGUGGCUGCUCAAAAAUCACAGGUGGAAUCUAAAAUCUAGUGAAUCACACAUCAUCACUCAACAUGGACGGUCACUGAAGGGUUUAAGGGUUGAACACAUUCAAACUGGGACACCAGGAUGUUUACACACGAACAGUGUAUACGUUUUCCAUCACACUAAACUAGUAAAAUGGGUUAGUUGGGUAGUUGAUCAAAAGCAAUGGUCUAAUGAGUGCGUGUUCAGUCUCCUCCAGUUACAUCCCUAAUGCCUUUAUGAUGAAAAAAAACAAAUGAUGAAAAAAGCUGUUUGAAUCUUGUUUCUCUUUGCGUUAAUGUUAUAAAUGUAUACAUGUGUUGUACAGAAGUAAUCACAAGCAAAAUGGCAUAUUAUUUUGUGCAAUUGAUUUAUAUUUUUAUAGUAUUUAAACAGUUUUUGGUCAGAGCAUUGUGCCAGAUGUUUUUAUUUUGAGGUGCAGGACUGUAAGGGGUCUUAUCUAUACUGUUCAGUAGGUUCAAGGAUGGGGGAAAGUCUACUAAUAAAAAUAUUGUUGGCAUUCA